UAUUCGGCGUUGGAGCACGCGGUGGUCGCUGCUGUGCGGUGCGAAGUGUUGGCUGGUCGCGUUGGUUCUCCCCAUCGUUCUUAUCUAAUACCUGUACUCACGAUUAAUGUCAAGAUGGUGUUCUUGUCUGUAUUCGGCGAGAAGAUCAGGGUGAAUUACCGGUUCAGCCCUUUCUACUACUCUGACUUUACCGACACGCACGGAGCGGUGGCGCCUUGCACCUAGAGCGCUCUAGGUGCGUCUCCCGCGGUGACUGUAGCAGAAGGACUAUUGUCUCAAUCUCGCGUGGUGUCACCAAUCCGUGUGGUGUGAGGUCCGCCAGAAUGGCCGCCGGACGACGAGACGCAGCAAUGUCUCCGCUGCUCAAGUCGUUCCUGGCCGGUUCGUUCUCGGGCUCGUGCUCGACCGUCCUGUUCCAGCCGCUUGACCUGGUCAAGACGCGCGUGCAGGCGGCGGUCCUCAGGGGGAAUAGUCCUUCUGGUAUGGCCACCGUGAUAUGGAGUGUGAUCAAGAAUGAGAGCCCGCGUGCUCUCUGGAAGGGUGUCGUGCCGUCGCUGACCCGUGUGGUGCCCGGCGUCGGCCUGCACUUCACGGCGCUGCACGUGCUGCGCUCGGCGCUGAGCCAUCCGCCGUCGGCGGCCGAGGCGCUCGUCAUCGGCGGCAGCGCGCGCGCCCUGGCCGGCGCCGCCACCAUCCCGGCCACCGUCGUCAAGACGCGCUACGAGAGCGGCAUCUACGACUACCGGGGCGUGACGCAGGCGCUGCAGCUCAUCUACCGGACGGAGGGCGGCCGCGGCCUCACGCGCGGCCUCCUGCCCACCCUGCUGCGCGACGUGCCCUUCUCCAGCUUCUACUACAUGUUCUACAGCCAGACGCGGCGCGCGCUGCCGGCCGAGGUGACGUCCGGCCGCUGGUCGGACGUGGCCACGUUCGGCUGCGGCCUGCUGUCGGGCCUGAUGGCCUCAGUCGUCACGCAGCCGGCCGACGUGGUCAAGACGCGCGUGCAGCUGGCCGGCGUGCCCGCCGCCAGCGGCGGCACGCUGGCCCAGGCCGUCAUCCUCAUCUACCAGGAGGGCGGCUCGCGCGCCUUCUUCGACGGCCUAGCUCCGCGCGUACCUGCGCCGCACGUUCAUGGCGGCCAUGGCCUGGACUGUCUACGAGCGCGUCUCCAAGACCUUCUAAGCGCGCCGUCGGCUAGCUAG